AUGGCUUUCUUACUUUCCGACACGGAGAGCGACAGCUACAGUUUGCUAGAGGCUCCGCGGCCCAGCAUGCAAGCCCUGAUGCUGGAUGCCAUCACCCAGCAGGGCAAGCUGGCGGAGCUGGUUCUGGAGGGGCAGGUGGAGCUGUCAAGGGUACGCAUCUGGUGCAUGAGAUCCAUCGCUCUGUGUUUGGAGGUUCUUGGUUUGGGCACCAGUUCUCCCGACAGGCAGUCCGCUGCAGCCCGGGCCCUAGUGAGCCUGGUCACACAUCGGAAGCUGCGACCCGCCGUGGACAACCUGCUGGUCAUGAGGCGGCUUUGCCGGAUCAUCGAACUCACAGAUUCUGCAACAGCACUAGCGGCGGCGGGGAAGGCGCUGUUUGAGGUCGCGGAUGAUGCUUCUUGGAGAACCAAGGGCGGCAGCACUGCCGAAAUUCUUCGAGAGGCGCUUCUUCGCUGUGUGGGCACCAUCACCUCAGUUGCUCAGCAGCAGCAGAAGAAGAAGCAGCAGGACGCAAUCGCGGGAAAAAGCUGCACUAGUACUCGGGAGAGCGGAGCGGAGCAAGCAGGCACUACGUCUAGCACGCCACCACUGUUCAUGGAAUCAGAUGCCACACCUGAUGCGGAGCAAAUUGCCUUGGUGACUGCUGCCGCUGCCGUUCUGCGGCCCCCCGUGUUGCACCUGCUCAGCCCUGAUCAGCUGCAGGAGGCAUCUGGCGCGCUGGCGGCAUGCAUUGCCAGUGGCUGCGGCUGUGCAGAGGUACUCUCCGCCCUGUCUUCUGUGGUUCAGUGCGGACCCACGGAUACGGACCGUGUUGCCGCUGCAUGUGCAGCGCUGAACUGCGAUGGCAUGGUUGCAGCGAUCUUUAAAUCUGUGGCGGCCGGUACACAGUCAGCCAAGGCCAUACAAGCUACGGAGAUACUGGAGAGUGAAGAUGGCAGCAGCAACAGCAAGAGCGAUGGUGCAGCUUGUACAGUGACAACACAAGCCUUGGGUUGCACACCGAUCGAGCUUACAACCAGCGCCCAAAAUUCCCUCUCGUGUCUGGCUGCAACGUUGGCCGCCUGCAUGGCGGCGGGCAGUCCGCCACGCGUCUCCACAGCCACUAGUGAUGAAACCAUGGCAGAAUUAUUGCUGCCCCUUCUGCAGCUGGAACCUCCGGAAGCUAUCCGCACCUUGCACACCCUGCUGCUCCUCAUGAGCCUGAGCUCUGCACCUAAUAGCCUGGCAAAAGCUGUAGCAGUUGCCUUAGCUCCUGGUGGCUGUCCGCAUGCCAUGUCAGGCUCUGUUCUGGCUGCCAUCAAAGCUCUGUUAGGGGAUAGUUCAGUCGCAGAUUUUACUGACGGCUCCUGUGCGGCAAGCCUCCUGCUCCUCACCACAUUAUUGCUUGAGACGGGUGGAGUGACGGUGGAGCAGCUACAGGAGCAAGCAACAGGGCUGAUACAGGCCGCAGUGGGUGUCGUUACAGGUGAAAUGCCGGGACCAGAAUGGCAUGGGCUUUUCACCUCCGUGGCAAGCCAGGGUGAUAGCAGUAGUAGUUCUAGUCCUUCUGUGUGUUACCCGGGCAUGCUGAGGUCGGCUGCAGCCAAAGCCUUGUGUCCGCUAUUGGAGUGGGUAUCUGGGCAGGAUACCAGCAGUGCUGGCCAGCCAAUUAUUGCCACUUUACAGCCCGACAAGGUAGCGGACGCACUCAUUGCGGGCAUGAUGUCAUCAGCUGGUAAUGUUAGCGGCGAUGCGGGGAUUUUGGAGCAACUGUGCGUCCUCACGCCAAGCCUACAGCUAUCAGAUCCGGGUCCACGUUGGGCAAAGUUCAGCUUGAGGGACUUGGAUAAGCUCAUCAAAUCCCUCCUAAACAUCAUGGUGGAUCAAUUACCGGAUGGUCCUAACCAACGCAGAGUCCCGCAGCUGGCGGCAGUGAUGGCCCUGUCCCUGUGGUCAAGGAUCCCCGGCAUCAGCGGGGCAGGCUCGUUCACAUUUGGAGGACAAGCCUGCCUUGAUGAUACAAACGCCUUCUGUGAAUCACUUCUAAAACUCGUAACUGCUGCCCUCCAAUCUGUCGCUUCCGCUGCUGCCUCCAACCCCACAUCGGUGCAGCAGCUGUCUGACCUGGCGGGGGUACUGAAUGCGGUGUUAGGCUGUCUACAGCCGCAACUGGCUCUCUCGGGAAACCAGUGCCUGCCGCUGUCACCAGCCCUUACAGAGAAGCUGCUUCUCCGCCAACAGCUUCCUACAGCAAGUAUUGCAACACCAAUUGGUGUUGGCGAUAAUAAGGGGGUCAACCUGCUCCACCUUCAUUACGACUUCAUUAACCCUGCAGAUUCGGACAGCAACAGACACGAGUGGUACUGUCCUAGCAGUUAUCGCACCCUUUAUGGCCCUCGUCCAAAGUUCUCUCUGCAAUUGAAGUGGAACUUCGAGGUGGCUCCCCCGACCGAGGCAUGGACCUCAUUUGUUGGCAAGCUUAUGCAACAGGCACAAAGAUCCAGCGGCAUCAGCUAUAGUAAUGGACAUAAGACUGUUGCAACCACGACCGUUGAGCCUCUGUUGCGGGGACUGGCUGUGGCGUCCUCCCAGCUAACCCAGAUGAUAGGAAAGCAGCUGCAGCCCCCCAGCUCCGCUGGCAGGGAAGGCGAAUGUGUACUGGGCCUGGAAACAGCUGCAGUUUUGCGGGCGGCAGUGCAGGUGGCGGGUAACACGGCUAAGGUUCUGGCGCUGUGUGUCCCGCCGCCACUAGCUGACAUCAACAAAUGAUGGGCUGGGCAACGACAGCCACAAGGUUUAGAAGCACCGGUCAAAGAGUAGAUUGAAUGCUCACCUGAUAUGGCCAUGGCUGAGAGAGAAGUAUUAGGGAUGAUGAUUAGCCCAUGACCACCUAAGUGUUGGUUGAUGAGAUGGGCCACCUGAACAUGCUGUGAUUGCUGGCAAAAUAAUUAUGGGGCCUGCUGAUUGUGAGCCAGAGGGUGACUCUCUGGAGGACCUGAUUGGUGAGAGACUUGACGAUGUCAUCGCAGAUUAUGGUGACACCAUGGUGAUGGGUGGCACUGGUGGUGGUGCAUAUGGGAUGCCUGACCAUGAAACCACCGCCAUCACUGCUCACAAGAUGCGGGCUAAGCUUGCUGCAGUAAAACAAGCUGCCAGGGCAGGUGCAAUGAAAGAAGCAGCCAAGCUGGGCAAAGGUGGCCAGCAGGGGCCAGCAAGGAAGAGACUGCUGGGGAAGCGCAAGGCGGUGGGUUAGCAGGCAUGCAGCAGUAUGCUGGAGUUCACAAUCUUUGUGACCUGUAAUAGAUGGCUUGGU